AUGAGAGCACCCAGUGUAGCCAAGAUGCAGACUGGGACAACGACUACGAUGAAAGCGAUGGUGAAGACAAUUAUUGGACCUACGUCAUCGUCGUCAUCUGAAGACGGAAUGGGAGGGGGACCAGUGGUUGGAGGGGGAGAAGUUGUUGGAGGGGGAGCAGUGGUUGGAGGGGGAGCAGUGGUUGGAGGGGGAGCAGUGGUUGGAGGGGGAGCAGUGGUUGGAGGGGGAGAAGUUGUUGGAGGGGGAGCAGUGGUUGGAGGGGGAGCAGUGGUUGGAGGGGGAGCAGUGGUUGGAGGGGGAGAAGUUGUUGGAGGGGGAGCAGUGGUUGGAGGGGGAGCAGUGGUUGGAGGGGGAGCAGUGGUUGGAGGGGGAGCAGUGGUUGGAGGGGGAGCAGUGGUUGGAGGGGGAGAAGUUGUUGGAGGGGGAGCAGUGGUUGGAGGGGGAGCAGUGGUUGGAGGGGGAGCAGUGGUUGGAGGGGGAGCAGUGGUUGGAGGGGGAGCAGUGGUUGGAGGGGGAGCAGUGGUUGGAGGGGGAGCAGUGGUUGGAGGGGGAGCAGUGGUUGGAGGGGGAGCAGUGGUUGGAGGGGGAGCAGUGGUUGGAGGGGGAGCAGUGGUUGGAGGGGGAGAAGUUGUUGGAGGGGGAGCAGUGGUUGGAGGGGGAGCAGUGGUUGGAGGGGGAGCAGUGGUUGGAGGGGGAGCAGUGGUUGGAGGGGGAGCAGUGGUUGGAGGGGGAGCAGUGGUUGGAGGGGGAGCAGUGGUUGGAGGGGGAGCAGUGGUUGGAGGGGGAGCAGUGGCUGGAGGGGGAGUGAGCGUCUCGCAGUUCGUAGUAUUGUACCCGUCGUCACAUUCGCACUGGUUAGUUACCGAAUUGCAGUUUCCGUGA